AUAAUAAUGCAACACUUAACGUUGGCAGCUUUCAUUUCCUUUUGUUUGUCAACAAUAGACAAGCCUAAACGACGAACAGAACAGAUCUUCGAAAAUACGUUAAAAACGUUUCUAAUCAAUAAUUAGCCUGAUAUUUGAAUAGAAAAUAUGGGAGAAAGCUCCACAAUGACGAUGCAGGAUCGUCUGCAAAAAUUUAAAGAACUGCAGUUCAGACGAAAAGAGUCUCGUAAGCUCAACUAUGAUGAAGUUGUGGAAGAAGAUCGUCGAGCAAAACUUCCUGCAAAUUAUGAAAAGAAAAACAAAUGGGCUCAGUACUUCAUUGAACAGGAGGAAAGAAAGCAAGAGGCAGAAGCCAAAGGAGUAGAUUACAAGCGAAUGAAAUUGCUUGAUGUGACUGCUGAAGAAGCAGCUAAAUGGGAUCGUUUAAAGAAAAAAAAGAACCCUGAUCCUGGAUUUUCAAACUACGAAGAGGCAGCUGUUCGUCAGUAUGAAAGACAAACCAAGAAAAUGAAACCAAAUAUGGACGCUUAUCAGAGAGAAAAAGCAAAGAUGGGUGAUGCAUUUUAUCCUACAAAGGACACAAUUAUUCAUGGCAUACAAGAAGACAGCAAAGAAAGUAUUGAUAAUAUGGUGCAAGACUUAGAUAAACAGAUUGAAAGACACCAGAAAUUUAGUAGACGACGUCGUUAUAAUGAUGAUGAAGAUAUUAAUUACAUUAAUGAACGUAACAUGAAAUUUAACAAGAAACUCGAGCGUUUCUAUGGAAAAUAUACAGCAGAAAUCAAACAAAAUCUCGAAAGAGGCACUGCUGUGUGAUUCUGUUCUAUAUGUGUUUAAAAAACUAAACAUUAUUUAAAAAAAAACAAAGUGUAUACACAGGAAAAGAUUCUAAGUGUAUAAUUUACUAACAUUUCCAUAUUGUUAAAACUUUUUCAUUGAAGCAAAUUUUGAUAAAUUUGUCUUUUCUCCAACUUGAUUGUAGUAUUUAAAAAGAUUAAAUGAAAACUUUGUGAAUUAAA